AUGCAAGCGGCCAAGCGAGCCAACAUUCGGCUGCCUCCAGAAGUCAAUCGGAUCCUGUAUAUUAGGAACCUGCCAUAUAAAAUCACAGCAGAGGAAAUGUAUGAUAUUUUUGGGAAAUAUGGGCCUAUUCGACAAAUCAGAGUUGGAAACACUCCUGAAACCAGAGGAACAGCCUAUGUAGUCUAUGAAGACAUCUUUGAUGCCAAAAAUGCUUGUGAUCACCUGUCAGGAUUCAACGUGUGCAACAGAUACCUUGUCGUUUUGUACUAUAACGCAAACAGGGCAUUCCAAAAGAUGGACACAAAGAAGAAAGAGGAACAGCUUAAGCUUCUCAAGGAAAAAUAUGGAAUUAAUACAGACCCACCAAAAUAAACUGAUCUUUUUGGAAAACUGCAAGCCCUGCCGCUGAGUUCGACUGUUUGCAAGCCCUGCCGCUGAGUUCUUGAACUAUACCUAGGAAUUCUCAAUGAAGUAUAACUUUUUUUUUUUUUUAAAUUUGAUAAGCUGUAAUUUGACUCUUUAGAUCUUCACAUUAGAAUUAAAUAAAUGUAAAACAUUGGAAGAUUUUAAGCUUUCAGAUUACAUGCCCCGAGUGGACAUGGCUUCUCCGUGUUGUAAGGGUGACCUGGUAAAUGCUGCAUAACCACAGCCCUGUUUCUGGCAGGGACUGAGCACGCUGAGUGUCUCGCACCUCCUGAAGUUCUGCCCGGUCUCCAGGGCAGGCUUUAAGCAUGGCAGCAGUUAAGGCAGGGAGCUCAAGGGGCUCUGUACGAGCUGCCUACGAGGACCUAAAUCUUGCUUGCUACUUUCUGAAGAUGGAGUAUCACAACUAGCCUCCCCGCCGCAGGGAUUUUUGUACUUUUUUUAAAAAAGAAGUAAGCGUGGUUUGCUCGUUCAUCACACCUGUGUAUAUUGUACACCAUUUAUUGCGCCUUUCUCCCUCUGGGAAUGUUUGAAGGAGCUUAACUCCAUUACAUGAUCGUUAGGCUACUUCUUACCAGAAACAAAGCAAACCCAACUGCAUGUUUAUAACAGUUUCUUUUACAAACUAUAGAAAAUGAAUGGCCUUUUAAAAUGAUCCAACUGCUUAGGUGACUUCAGUCAAAAUAUCUUGUUCCCAGUGAUAUUUUGUUCUUUGUUCUGAGACAAAACAGAUAAGCUGCAGUAAAAUAAUCUUGUUCUAACAGCGCGUUGCUGCAGGGCUGACUUGAUGGUAUGCGAGACCUUUCUUACGCGUACCGGGUUUGUACUGAGCAACAGGAGCACGCUUCACGCCUCUUAAUGUUACGUAGGGAACACCUGACCAAAACGAGACAGUAGAUGAUGGUGGUCAUUUUAGAUACCCCAGUGUGAUUGUUUUCUACCUGAUGUAUUUGAACUGUAAUGUAUUUCAUGUACAUAAAUUUUAGACGUAGUAUCUGGUGGAGGAAAAAGAAAACUUUUUUUUUUGGUCAGCGCUCAUGUCCUGUGAAUAAAAAACUAGUGCGGCACAGAGCAUGCACAACCUCUGUUCUGAACCAGCUGGAAGUCCUGUGGACGUUGGCAGUUAUCCUGCCGCUCGGGAGAAUUUAUUUGCCUGGGUGUGAUGUUUAACGCCCUGACCAUGCAACUUCCAGCCAGUGCAGAACAUGAGCAGGUGCAAAUGUAAUUUGCCUGAGGAUUUGUACUUUAAUUUUUUUUCAGUGCGUUAUACUGUCAUAACGGAACAUUAUCCUUAGAUUUUCGUUGAAAUCUGUCACUUGAAAAAACAUGCUGUGCUUGUGUCCAUUUAGUGAAAAAAUAAAUGUGUGUCUACGCAGUUUUGCUGUUUUUCAUCA